AUGCAGUGGACAAUUGUUCUAGUUUGUUUGGCAAUCGCCAUUCCUCACAUUCGGGCGGAUAGCAUCGAACCAGCUGAUGGCGAUCGUGCACCGCGACUGAUCGGAGGUACCAACGCACCCUGGGGUCAAUUCCCGUCCGCCGUCUCGAUUAACACGACGUACAAUCUGCACUGCGGAGGAUCGGUUGUUGAUCGUCAGCACGUGCUUACGGCGGCACAGUGUGUGUUCAAUGCGAACCAGCGACUGAUCGAUCCGUACUGGAUCACGGUACAGGCGGGUGACAUAGCGCUCGCUCCGGUCGGUGCACGUCGGCAAACGCGCAAGGUAUCGCACAUCUUCGUCCAUCCGCAGUUCAACAUUCGCACGCUGGAGAAUGAUGUGGCCGUGUUGCGUUUGGAUCGCCCGUACGAUCUGCCCUCGAACACGAUCAAUCUGGCAAACCGGACGCGUCGCAUUGUGCCGAACGGUGCCAACUGUCAGUUUGCCGGAUGGGGUGCCUCGACAAACGCGAUCAACGCACCGGUAAACGUACUGCAGCGGUUCCUGCCGAUGCCGGUGAAUGAUCGUGACACCUGCAACCAGGCCACCAUGCAUGCUGGCCGCGUGCUGGAAAGUCACCUGUGCGCUGGCAACACGGCUGCAUCGAAUAAUGCGGCACCGUGCAAUGGAAACGCCGGUACGGGAUUGUACUGCGAACGGGCGCUGGUUGGUACGCUGUCGUUCGGCAUCAAUUGUGGCCUUGCCAACAAUCCACCGGUGUUUACGCAGGUGCGAUUCUUCAACGACUGGAUUGAGCGGCAGUUCAACCAGACGCAGGGUUUGGCCCCUGGAUGGUCACCAGCAGUGUUGUGA